AUGCCGGUCAGGUUUAAUGACGUGAAAGCUCGUAGUCACGUCACCGAUGUCCAAUCGUAUAAGCUACUCCGCUUCGGAGACGGUGGGACGUUCCAGCGCCGUCGGGAACUUUCUAGAUGCAUUAGCACGCUUGUGGAGGCGACGGCUUCUGCGCAGUUAACGGUGCACGAAGCGAUCGUACGCUAUUUCACUGAUUUCUAUUUCCGUGGACGCGCGUCGAUCAGGAGGGACGGUUUAACGUUGGCUCGCGAACAGACGGCCGCGCUGCUCUUUCAACUUCGCUCAAUUCGAACUUUCGGCGACGCCGGAUCAAAGGCGUUAAGUUUGGGCCCCGCGACCGUGAGGCCUCCUUCCAUUCCCUCGCAGGGGUGGACGUCGGAACUUUUCCUAUUCCGAAAUCUCGUGUACGGGAAA